GAAAUCACAGCAACUCAACCAAACACACCCUUGUUUCUUCUCUCCGAUACCGAAAAUGCAGGCGACCGUACGCCGUCCGGUCAUCUCCUUUCUCUUCUCUUCACUAACUCUCCGCCGUAUAUCCAGCUCCUCCUCCGUCGAUCACCACCCCAAAACCGUAGCAUCUCCGUUGCCGUUCUCCGAUGAACUCCCAGUCCCUAUCCCUCGGACCCGAACUCAAACUCCAUUAGAGAAACAGUUCGAAUCAUGGAUCAACAAUCUCAAACCCGGGUUCACACCAGCUGAUGUAAAUGAAGCAUUGAGAUCCCAAACAGACCCGGACCUUGCCCUCGAUAUCUUCCGGUGGACCGGCCAACAACGGGGCUACAAGCACAACCAUGUCACUUACUUGAACAUGAUUAACAUUGCAGUCUCAAGUAAGCGUUAUCGCGUUGCGGAGACCCUAGUCGAGGAAGUUCUCGCCGGCGCUUGCCCGCCGAGCCUCCCUCUGUACAAUUCCAUGAUUAAGUUUUGCUGCGGUCGUAAAUUUUUAUUUAAUCGUGCAUUUGAUAUUUACAAGAAAAUGACUAAAUGUGAAGAUGCUAAGCCGUCGUUAGAAACUUAUAAUUUGUUGCUGAAUGCUCUUCUCAGUAAAUUUAAUAAGUUACAUGUUUGUUAUGUGUAUUUACAUUCUGUUCGAUCAUUAGCGAAGCAAAUGAAGUCUUUUGGGGUGAUUCCAGAUACAUUUGCAUUGAAUAUGAUAAUCAAGGCUUAUUCUAAGUGUCUGGAGGUUGAUGAGGCUAUUCGUGUUUAUCGCGAAAUGGGUUUGUAUGGAUGUGAGCCCGAUGCGUUUACCUAUGGCUAUAUAGCCAAAGGGUUAUGUGAGAAGGGAAGAGUGAAUCAGGGGCUUGAGUUUUUCAAGGAAAUGAGGAACAAAGGGUUUAUUCCGAAAGGAUCUACUUAUAUGAUACUGGUUUGUAGUCUUGCUUUGGAGCGUCGCUUUGAGGAUGCCAGUGAGGUGGUGUUUGAUAUGUUGGAUAAUUCAUUGUCACCUGAUCAGCUUACUUAUAGAACAGUAAUGGAAGAACUGAGUAGGGAAGGAAGAGGAGAUUAUGCAUUUGAACUUCUUGAAGAAUUUAAGAAGAGGGAUAGUUUAAUGAAUGAAAAGACUUACAAGUCUUUGUUGAAUACCUUAUAUUUUCUUAAUAAGGACUAGUAUUUACUUUGAUAUGUUUAUGUUUUCAAUAUUGAUCAAUCGUCUUUUGGAAGUACAUCUUUUGCCCGCCUGAUGAAUGAGAAGUUGUUUAUCAGCAAUAAGAUUCAGUAACGCCAUCAGCAAUUAGAAUCGGAAAGGCUAGUCUUGCUGUUCAGAAUCAUCUUUUUCCAGCAUAGGUGAAGAAAUUUUACUAAUCCUUGUCCAUUAAUUUCCAUGUCUUAAUAAUGAUUCAACAAAGCUGAAUCAUGCCCACUAUGUUAUUGAGAGCUAAGUUGCUCUAACUCUCCAAAAAUGUUGCCGCACCUGUGUUGAUCCUUCAAAUGCACUACUUUUGAAGAGUCUUAACACGCACACGAUGACAUUUAUGAAGAGUCCCAGCAAACAUAGACUGAGAGCUCUGCAAGUCUUCAUCAUGCUUCAUCAAUGAAGUUUGGUUUAACCAAGUAUGUUUUUCUACAUUGCACCUGUGCAGAUGGCUCAUUUUCACUUUGCAGUGCUGGAAAGUCCGGAGUUGCUGAUUCAGUUGACUACAAGGACUUUAAUUCGAGGAAAUGGGUGAUUAUUGUUUGGCAGAUGGAUCUCAAACUAAUGCAAAGUAGUUUCCAACUGUGAAUCAGACCCUAAAAUGGGGAGACACCUCAUUGAACAGUGAUUGACGGUAAGUGAAGAAAAAGUCUGGCCAGCUGAAAAUAGUGUUGGGCAUGGAAUGACAGUUUCAACUGAAAAAAGAGUCAGAAAUCUCAUGGUGCUGACCAAAAUGAAAGGUUAGUCCAGCCAGCUAGCUGAUAUGUUGGAUACUUAUUGCUCAAUGCUUCCAUCAUGCCAAUCGGGAGUUGGCUAAAUCAUGAAGUGUUCUGCAUCUGCCCGCCAACUGGUCUCUGUCUGCCCAUAGUCAAUGAGAACAUAGUCGGGUUACCGCAGGGCGCUACAUGGAAAGUGAGUAUCUAUAUAGCUGACCUCAACUUGGGGAUUGAAACAUUAUAGUUAUUGUAGUAGGCUUGUUUGGAUGUCUGUUCUGUCAAAUAGAGUCUGUAAUACCUCUUGAAGCAAUUGUAUAACCUCUCAUUUGUAUAAAUCAUUGUCAAUUCGAUUGUAUGUGUUUAUAUA